AUGAUUUUCUACUUACUAUGCUUUGGGCUGUUCGGCCUGGCGUCGACGGGGAAUGUGGCUUUAUGCAAGAGUCUGACCGAUUGUGCUUCAUGUAGCGAGGGCUAUAUUCAUGUGUUUGGGUUUAAGGAGAAUUGCAGAUGGUGCGUGGAGAGUCAAUCGUGCGGUGGGCCAUUGGCAUGCCCUCUCGGCAAGCCCGUUGUUCAGCGGGAGCCCUUCCGAUGCCCAGUCAAGAUUCCAUCCGCUAAGGGAAAGCGGUACACGGAUCGAUUGGGGCGGUCGCUAUACGCCGUCGCGUUGUCGGUAAAGGAUCGGAAUGCGACGGAAUGUCUGGAGAAUGCUAGGCCCGAUAUUCGACAUAUUAAAACAUAUGAAACCGAUUGUGACCAAUCUCACAAUGUGUGCACCGGGUUGAUGGCCGUCUCCGAGGAGGCUAAGGCCAUUUACGUCGCCUACAAGGGACACUCCCUUGAUAAACAGUUAUUUACUGAAUUUGUCCAUUCCCUGGCUGCCCAGCUGGGUGCUUGGGAAAAGUUUGACAACGGCACCGGCGUGAUCACCUACUUCCAUACGGCAUGGACCAAGCUGUUCCACGAGGAAAUGAAGCCCGAUCUAUUGAAGCUCAAGAAGAAGUUCCCGAACUAUCGUGUCUGGAUCACCGGCCAUUCCCUUGGUGGUUCUCUGGCUUCGAUGACAGCUCUCCACCUGGCUGUUAAUAAGAUUUUUGAUCCUUCAAAGGUUCGUCUGGUUACCUUCGGAGAGCCCCGUACCGGUAACGUAGCCUUUGCGAAGGCCCUCGAAAAUCACAUCGACUUCCGGUAUCGCGUUGUGAAGCGGAAUGACUUUGUGACCAACAUUCCAAAUACGCUUGAUCCCAACGGAAUGAUGAUCACGAACGCCGUUUUUGAUCGACAGCCACUUUUCUAUCGAUUCCUGGUUCAUUAUGAUAACAAUAUGGAUAAGGGAGAUAGUUAUAAGGUCUGUGAAAUGUCCGAUGAUCAUGGCUGCCGCAAUCUUGCUGUCGCCGCUGAUUUCAACGAUCACGUCAGCUACUUUGGAAUCAAACAAGACGAAUUCCUCGAGAAGCGAUGUGCCAAAGCCGCCUUGCUCAUU